CACGGGGGUCACAUGGACAUCUGGAGGGACUUGGAUUCGCAGAAGAGGUGUCCAUAUAGUGACAGCGGGGAGGGGUAAUCAGUCCACACGGAAUGCCACAGACUUGCGUCCUGGCAAUGUCCUUGUAGUUACCAGACCAGGUGGGCGGGUGCGGCGAGUGUCACAGCCCGGGGGCCUGAAUGCGGGGUUGAAAGCGUCGCAGGCGGUCUUUCGGUCUCGCUCCGAGGCAGAAUCCGGGCCCACACUGGGUGCCUAGCAGAGCCGGCGCGAUCCAGGGCCCCGCCCGCCGGCGCGGAAGGCGGAUUCGCGCUCACACACGCCGAGUAGACACGUGCCCGCUGCACGCUGGGUAAAUACAGACCCGGAGCUGAGCCGAUUCUGAUUUGGACGCCCGCGAACGCUGCGCGCACGCACCCGUGUCCCCAACUCGCUGGCACUCUCGUUCCGCCCCCUCCGUCGCGUGCUGGGUGAGAGGGAGGGGGAUUCGGGGUGUGGCUCCGCGGGGUCAAAAGGAGAAGCAUCUCAGUGAGGGUGGCAUCCUCACGCUCGCCGCUAGAACUGUCCUUUCUCCAUCCGGUGCUUCCCAAACCUCUCCAAGCCCCAAAUCAAUCCCUGCCCUAAGGGGCGCUGGUAGGAGGAGCUAACGACGGGGGCGGAGCUCGGGAUCCGGCUCAUUAUCAUAGCAUCCAAACCCGGGCUGGGGAGGGGGUUUGGGAAGGGCAACCCAGCAUCCCCCGACCUCCGAGUCGCCGCUGAGGAUGACGCGGGAGAGCACGGCCGCCCCCAGAAGGCUCCGGGCGAUCAGGCCGGCCGCCGCGUAGACCCUGGGGGUCGCUCGCUCCUGCCAGCCUGCCUUCGCCAAGGCCAGGAGCUCAGCGCACGCUCGCCUGCCACCCCCCCGCCGCCUCUGCCGCCGCCCCCUCCUUGGAAACCAAGUUACCAACGUUAAACCAAUCCCCGAGCGCAACUCUGCCUCCCCCACACCCCACCCGCCGCGCCGCGCCGCGCCGUCCUCGAGCCCAGCUCCUCGCUCGCGCUCCCCUCGCCUCCUGCGCUUCCCCCGCGGCGGCGAUGCCAGGGCCUUCGCCAGGGCUGCGCCGGGCGCUCCUCGGCCUCUGGGCUGCCCUGGGCCUGGGGCUCCUCGGCCUCUCAGCGGUCGCGCAGGAGCCCUUCUGGGCGGACCUGCAGCCCCGCGUGGCGCUGGUGGAGCGCGGGGGCUCGCUGUGGCUGAAUUGCAGCACUAACUGCCCUCGGCCGGAACGCGGUGGCCUGGAGACCUCGCUGCGCCGAAACGGGACCCAGAGGGGUUUGCGCUGGCUGGCGCGGCAGCUGGUGGACAUCCGCGAGCCGGAGACCCAGCCCGUCUGCUUCUUCCGCUGCGCGCGGCGCACACUACAGGCGCGUGGGCUCAUUCGCACUUUCCAGCGGCCGGAUCGCGUAGAGCUGGUGCCACUGCCUGCGUGGCAGCCCGUGGGCGAGAACUUCACCCUGAGCUGCAGGGUCCCCGGCGCCGGGCCCCGUGGGAGCCUCACGCUGACCUUGCUGCGGGGCACCCAAGAGCUGAUCCGCCGCAGCUUCGCCGGCGAGCCGCCCCGAGCGCGGGGCGCGGUGCUCACAGCCACCGUGCUGGCUCGGAGGGAGGACCACGGGGCCAAUUUCUCGUGCCGCGCGGAGCUGGACCUGCGGCCACACGGCCUGGGGCUGUUUGAAAACAGCUCGGCCCCCAGAGAGCUCCGAACCUUUUCCCUGUCCCCGGAGCCCCCGCGCCUCGCUGCUCCCCGGCUCUUGGAAGCAGGUUCUGAAAAGCCGGUGACCUGCGCCCUGGACGGACUCUUUCCGGCCUCAGAGGCCAGGGUAUACCUCGCGCUGGGGGACCAGAGGCUGAGUCCCGAUGUCACCCUGGAGGGAGACGCACUCGUGGCCACUGCCACAGCCACAGCUAGCGCCGAGCAGGAGGGUGCCAAGCAGCUGGUCUGCAGUGUGACCCUCGGGGGCGAAAGCCGCGAGACCCGGGAGAACCUGACCAUUUACAGCUUCCCCGAGCCCCUCCUGACCCUGAGCGAGACCAGCGUCCCCGAGGGGAAGAUGGUGACAGUAACCUGCGCAGCCGGAGCCCAAGCCCUGGUCACACUGGAGGGAAUUCCAGCCGCGGUCCCGGGGCAGCCUGCCCAGCUACAGCUAAAUGCCACCGACGACGACGACAGACGCGGAUUCUUCUGCGCCGCCACGCUCGAGGUGGACGGCGAGACCCUGAGCAAGAACAGGAGCGCGGAGCUCCGCGUCCUAUACGCCCCUCGGCUGGAUGAUUCGGACUGUCCCAGGAGCUGGACGUGGCCCGAGGGCCCGGAACAGACGCUGCGCUGCGAGGCCCGCGGAAACCCGGCGCCCUCGGUGCACUGCGUGCGGCGAGACGGCGGCGCCGUGCUGGCGUUGGGGCUGCUGGGUCCUGUCACUCGCGCGCUCGCCGGCAGUUACCGCUGCACAGCGGCCAAUGUCCAGGGCCAGGCGGUCAAGGACGUGAUGCUGACGGUGGAAUACGCGCCGGCGCUGGACAGCGUGGGCUGCCCCGAGCGCAUUACUUGGCUGGAGGGGACAGAGGCCUCGCUGGUGUGUGUGGCGCACGGGGUCCCGCCGCCCAGCGUGAGCUGCGUGCGCUCUGGGGAGGCGGGGGCCGUCAUGGAGGGGCUGCUGCGAGUGGCCCGGGAGCACGCGGGCACUUACCGCUGUGAAGCCACCAAUGCCCGAGGCUCUGCCGCCAAAAAUGUGAUUGUUACGGUGGAAUAUGGCCCCAGUUUUGAGGAGCUGAGCUGCCCCAGCAACUGGACGUGGGUGGAAGGAACCGGUCGACUGUUUCCCUGUGAGGUCGAUGGCAAGCCAGAGCCCAGCGUGCAGUGCGUCGGCUCUGGGGGCGCCACUGAGGGGGUGCUGCUGCCGCUGGCACCCCCAGACCCUAGUCCCAGAGCCCCCGGCACCCCUGGCGAUCUGGCCCCCGGUAUCUACGUUUGCAACGCCACCAACCGGCACGGCUCCAUGGUCAAAACCGUCGUCGUGAGCGCGGAGUCGCCACCGCAGAUGGAUGAGUCCACCUGCCCCAGUCACCAGACCUGGCUGGAGGGGGCUGAGGCUGCUGCGCUGGCCUGCAGUGCCCGGGGUCUCCCCUCCCCCGGAGUGCGCUGCUCCCGGGAGGGCGUGCCCUGGCCCGAGCGGCAGCGCGUGUCCCGAGGUGACGCGGGCACCUACAGCUGCGUGGCCACCAAUGCGCACGGCACAGACUCCCGGAUGGUCACCGUGGGCGUGGAAUACCGGCCGGUGGUGGCAGAGCUGGCCGCCUCGCCUCCGGGGGGCGUGCGGCCAGGCGGGAACUUCACCUUGACCUGCCGCGCGGAGGCGUGGCCUCCAGCCCAGAUCAGCUGGCGCGCGCCCCCGGGGGCCCUCAACCUCGGGCUGUCGAGCAACAACAGCACGCUGAGCGUGGCGGGUGCCAUGGGAAGCCACGGCGGCGAGUACGAGUGCGCAGCCACCAACGCGCACGGGCGCCACGCGCGGCGCAUUACGGUGCGCGUGGCCGGUCCGUGGCUGUGGGUCGCCCUGGGCAGCGCGGCGGGGGGCGCGGCGCUGCUGGCCGCGGGGGCCGGCCUGGCCUUCUACGUGCAGUCCACCGCCUGCAAGAAGGGCGAGUACAACGUGCAGGAGGCCGAGAGCUCGGGCGAGGCCGUGUGUCUCAACGGCGCGGGCGGCGGCGCCGGCGGGGGCGCGGGCGCGGAAGGUGGACCGGAGGCGGGGGACACAGCUGAGUCCCCUGCCGGGGGCGAGGUCUUCGCCAUCCAGCUGACCUCCACGUGAGCCCGGUCCCCUCUCCCCGCGGGCCGGGGGACGCCCCCCCAGAUGCGCACAGGGGGGCUUGUUUAUUGGUCUAUUUAUGUAUUUAUUUAUUCAUGUAUUUAUUUAUUCAACUCCAGGGGCGGCAACCCCAUUUUCUACCCAUCUCCCCCAUAAAGUUUUUAUAAAGGA